UCAAUUUAUCUUGAACAAACCAGUCACAGAUGGCGGGGCUGCGCUCCUAAAAACAUGGGUACGCGCAUGGCAAUAUGAGUGAGCCCCCCAAAUGGUGAGUAUUUCCACAAGUCAUCUAAAAUGGAAGCUAUGGAAGUAACUUUGCCCGAAAAAGAUGAGGGCAGUCCCGCAGAGAGCAGCAAGCAGCCCCUGCAAGACUUGGAUACUGAGGAUCUGUACACAAAGUUCAAGAAACUGCAGCAAAUGCUCGAGUUCUUAGAAGUGCAAGAGGAGUACAUCAAAGAUGAGCAGCGCAACUUGAAAAAGGAGUAUCUGCAUGCCCAGGAAGAGGUCAAGCGGAUCCAGUCAGUGCCUCUGGUGAUUGGGCAGUUCUUGGAGGCUGUGGAUCAGAACACAGGUAUUGUGGGCUCAACUACUGGCUCCAACUAUUACGUGAGGAUUCUUUCAACUAUCGACAGGGAAUUGCUCAAACCGAGUGCUAGUGUGGCACUGCAUAAGCACAGUAAUGCUCUAGUAGAUGUUUUGCCCCCAGAGGCGGAUUCUUCUAUAAGCAUGCUACAAGCUGAUGAAAAGCCUGAUGUCAGCUACAGUGAUAUUGGUGGCAUGGAUAUGCAGAAGCAGGAAAUCAGGGAAGCUGUAGAACUGCCUCUAACUCAUUUCGAAUUAUACAAACAAAUCGGUAUUGACCCACCCAGAGGAGUGCUGAUGUACGGCCCUCCUGGCUGUGGGAAGACCAUGUUGGCUAAAGCCGUUGCUCAUCAUACAACUGCUGCCUUUAUCAGAGUGGUAGGCUCUGAAUUCGUCCAAAAAUAUCUGGGCGAAGGUCCCAGAAUGGUAAGAGACGUGUUCAGGCUGGCGAAAGAGAAUUCACCCGCCAUCAUUUUCAUUGACGAAAUCGAUGCGAUUGCCACCAAACGGUUUGAUGCCCAAACUGGGGCCGAUCGGGAAGUCCAGAGGAUCCUGCUGGAGCUACUUAAUCAAAUGGAUGGGUUUGAUCAAACGACCAACGUCAAAGUCAUUAUGGCUACUAAUCGGGCGGACACUCUGGACCCUGCCCUACUAAGACCAGGUCGUUUGGACAGAAAAAUCGAGUUUCCUCUGCCAGACAGAAGGCAAAAGAGGCUGGUUUUCAGCACAAUCACAUCGAAAAUGAACUUAUCAGAAGAGGUCGAUUUGGAGGAUUACGUAGCCAGGCCAGACAAAAUUUCUGGAGCCGAUAUCAACGCUAUUUGUCAAGAAGCAGGAAUGCACGCGGUGCGUGAAAAUCGGUACAUAGUAUUGCCCAAGGACUUUGAAAAGGGGUACAAGAACAACAUUAAGAAGGACGAGAGCGAACAUGAAUUUUACAAAUAAAGUCUUCUCUGUUAUGUGAAUGGAACUAAACAUGCCUGCAGUUCGGAUUUGUUGCACAACUAUUUUCGUAUUGCCGGAUAAAUCGUCAAUAAAUUUAGAUAAAUUAGGUGUU